CUGGGAUUAGGGUUGAUCGAUCGUGAUUGAUUGAUUUGUCAUUUUGUGUGUUGUGAUCUCUGAGGAGAGGAGUGAAUAUUUUUGGAAUUUCCUUUGUGGCCAUUAUUUUAGGGCAUCAAUGGUGGCGUGGCUACUUAUAAAGUGAAACUAGUUUGGAAUUCUGCAAACCCUAAUUCGAAUAAGAAAAGGGAUAAAGGGAGAAUUUGUGGGUAAUUGGCCUCCACUGCUUCGGACUUGAGAAAUCCCUCAGUGUCCAGCAGGGAAUUUCGCAGAAAUCUAUCCCUGUGUUAUAUGGAAGAAAACGAAGAAUCGGAGGAGGAGAUUUCUCUCUGCGCCUAAAUUAGGAGGGAGAGGCGUGGCGAGGCGAGGCGAGGCGAGAUUUGGCAGGGAAGUUUGGGGGUGAGGAAUGGCGAAAUUGAGAUUCCGGCGGAAGAAGAGCGGCGUCGCCUCGCCCUCGCCCCAAUUGCCCUCGCCCCAAUUGCAAUUGCCUCCGCCUCCUUUGCACGCAAUCGAAUCCGCCGCCGCCGCCGCGACGACGAGCAAGGCGGUGGCGCCGAAGAAGAAGGCCGGCGGCGCGCGCCUCUGGAUGCGGAUGGAUCGCUGGGGCAACUCCGAACUCAUCGAAUGCGACAAAAGCGUGAUCAUCAAGCGCGUGUCCAUACCUGCUAGGGAUUUGCGAAUCCUCGGACCCAUAUUCUCUCAUUCCUCCAGCAUUCUCGCUAGGGAGAAAGCAAUGAUUGUGAACUUGGAAUUCAUAAGAGCAAUAGUUACGGCCGAAGAAGUACUGUUGCUGGAUCCUCUUCGCCAAGAGGUUCUGCCAUUUGUUGAUCAGCUGAGACGGCAGUUACCUCCGAAAGGCCCUACCUCUCAGGAUAACAACAACAACGAGCUUAAGUCGACGUCUGGUGGACAAUGGCUGCCUGGUCCCGAGCCCACUGAAGGUGUGCAGGAUGAACUUCCUUUUGAGUUUCAGGUGUUGGAAAUAGCUCUGGAGGUUGUCUGCUCAUAUCUGGACUCGAGUGUUGCCGAACUUGAGAGAGAUGCAUACCCUGCUUUGGAUGAACUGGCCAUCAAUGUUAGCACAAAGAAUCUUGAGCAUGUGCGAAGCUUGAAAAGUAAUCUCACCCGCUUGCUAGCACGUGUUCAAAAGGUUAGAGACGAAAUCGAACAUCUUUUGGAUGACAAUGAGGACAUGGCCCAGCUGUAUGUAACACGAAAGUGGAUACAGAACCAACAAGCUGAGGCUCAGUUGACAGGUCCCCCAUCAAACAGCAUCAUCUCAGCCUCAGCCUCUGCACAACUCCGUCGGAUCAGCUCUACGCGAAGUGGGGCUAGUAUCAUAAGCAACUAUCAGAAUGACCUCGAUGUCGAGGACCUAGAAAUGCUGCUGGAAGCUUACUUCAUGCAAUUAGAUGGCACCCGCAAUAAAAUACUCUCUGUACGCGAAUAUAUUGAUGAUACGGAGGACUAUGUGAACAUCCAGUUGGACAACCAGAGGAACGAGCUAAUUCAGCUGCAGCUGACAAUAACGAUUGCGUCAUUCGCCAUAGCAUUCGAGACUCUUGCAGCUGGGAUAUUCGGCAUGAACAUUCAGUGCACUUGGUAUUCAGUUGAUGGGAUAUUCGGCAAAGUGGUUUGGACCAUGACGGGCGUGAGUGUGGCGCUGUUCGUGAUCAUUUGGGGUUACGCCAGAUGGAAGAAACUCAUUGGCUCUUGAAUCAGAUAUGAAAAUGAAAUAUACAUAAACCACAGGUAGAUAAAAACACAUCGAUGAUGAAGCUCCCAUUCAUGUUGUUUGAUUUCUUUCUUUCUUCCUAACACUGUAACAUAGUUUUCGACGUUUGGUUCUUUAGUUUUGUGGGAUAUGUUUGUUCUGUAGCCUGAAAUUGCUACAGAAUUGGUUGCUGUUAUAUAUAUAUAUAUGUGCUUUGUUAUUUCUCACUCA